AUGGUUGCUCUAGUACCACAUAAAAACUCUUAUUGCUACAUCUCCGUCCUCGUCCCCGUUGGACUGAAGAGGCUCUUGUUCUUCCUCCCGAUGAUCCUCCUCUUCCUCCUCCUCCCGCUCCAUCUCACACUCACCCUUGCCGGUCUCACCUCCUUCUUCGUUGCCUGGCUUUCCAUCUUCAAGCUCCUCCUCCUCGCUUAUCGCAAAGGCCCUUUAGUGCCGCCGCCGACAUCAUCACCCCUCUCUUUUCCACUCUUCGUCACGAUUGUGUCACUUUCGAUCAAGAUCAGCCCUUCCGUGGAAAGUGCGGCCACCGAGAAUGGCGGCGGCGGUGGGGCCCUGAAGUCACUGGCAAACUAUGUCGCAAAAUGUCUAUUGUUGGUUUUGCUCUUUCCGCUCUACCAGUGGAGACUUCUGGUGUAUGAAGCCAUCCGGUUGGCCUCAAGCCGCCUCGUGGGAAGGCAGUGGGCUCCUCUACCCCCCGUGCUCGCCACUUUCACAGUAUCUAUCCUCAUGCACGAGCUAAUCUUCUACUAUAUAGGGAGGAAGGAGCCCACAUGGGUGGUCAUGUGGUUCUUCCUCCUCCAUGGGGUUGCCGUGGCAACAGAGGUCAUAGGGAAGAAGGCGCUGUGA